AUGCUAGCUUGGCUAAUUCUCUUGACCCAAAUCUCUAAUGUUUUCUGCCUUUGUCAACUUGAUUGUGUAAGUUUAAGCCUUGAAUUAUGCUCUAAAUGCAUUGAAGCGCAAAUGCUAACGAGGAAAGAAUAUUCUUCCAAAAUUUGUAACUUAUGGUCUCAAAAAGAAUGUUCUGUAUCUGAAGGAUUUAUUAUUUCAACCAGGGAAAAAUACCUUUGAAUCAAUUCAUCUUAUCAUGAUCAAGUUAUUAUCAGCUCUAUAAAUGAAUUCUUCUGAUCCAGUAUUUUAGUGAAGUUUUCAGACGAAAGAAAUAUAACUUUAGAGAAAAUAUGCCAAACUGAAAAUCAAAAUUUCCAGCAUUUUGGGUUCAAAUUUAAAGAUAAGAUGAGAGAAAAUUUGAUUUAUAUUUGAGCAAUUGGCUCAUUUAAAGAGGAUUUUCAAGGUUUUGUAUCAGUCCAAAUAAUAAAUGAAUCUAAAUCUUAUUCAUUAACAGAAGCUCAACGUUUGCCAAUGCCAGAAGUGAAAAGCAUUGAGUGUUCUCAGUCUAAUGCACAAUGCCCUCCAUGGUUUUGGUCAGAAAUCUUACCUUGAGAAACUAAAGGAAGAUUGCUUCAAAAUUGCUAUGAUGCAACUUGCAAUAUCUGUCCUUCAAGUGACAGCAAAACUUGAGGGGACUGCUCUGACUGUGGAACAACUUUAUUUUUAUAUCAAGGUUUGUGCUGGACUUUCUGCCCGUCAGGAACAGUUAAAGACACCGAAUAUAAUACGUGCAAUAAGAAAGACGUUUACUCUCUUGACUUAAGCUUAUACGACGUCAUAUCAAGCAACCCAGCAGGGAUGACACUUGCAGCAGAUUAUAAUUGCCCUAUCCCUUAUCCUGUUCUCAACCGGGGCUAUUUCUUUGAAAUUUGCUCUCGCAUGUCUUCUGAUAAUUUUAUCAUGCCUUACUUCUUUUCAGUUUCUGGCUGGAUUUUUGUGGUGGAUUAUCAAAAUACCUGAAACGAAAUAUUGCAUUGGAAUUUAAACUAUGUCAAUAUAAAUAACAAAUAUCUGGAAUUAUAUGAUAAAGCUAUUGAGCCAAAUCCUUUUACCCUCAAUAUAUUUAAUAAGGUGGUGGCGACAAUAUGUCUUUGAGAACGCACCACUUUGGGUGUCAAAACCGCUUUAUAGCCUAAACUAAGGCUCAGCCCCUUUAAAUCCUAAUCCUUAGCAUUCCUUGAGCUGCUUAGAAGGGUAAGUCUUGGAAGUCAGCUGUGGUCAUUACAGUCCAGGUAUACCUGUUUGCCAAGAAUAGCCCACUAAGAAGCAUUUUUUAGUUCGCCAUUCUUAAAUUUGGUUAGCCAGAAAAUAUGGCAUGCCAACGAAUUUGGCAAGCUAAUUAUUGUCCCGCCAACCAAAAAAUGCUCCUUAGUGGGCUAUUCUUGGUAAAUAAGUAUAUUAGUUAUUCGAUGAUUUUUGAGGUAUGAUUCUUUUUUCCUGCGUUUAAACUUUCUCUCAAGGUUGCCAGCAGGAGGAAUCGGGGCUUACCUUUGCCUUCGUAGCACCCCAAAAGACGUGAAGGCUGAGGAGUCUUUCUAACCCGUCGAGACUCAGGGAUAUUGAUACAAGCCUCAGAUCCCGUAGACCGCUGUUGAGACAGAGCUCAGGUGACUGAAUUCCUCCUGCAAAAAGGCUCCGGCGAUCCCAAGCGUGUGGGGUAUCAAUUCUGAAAGACUUUAAACCCUUUAAUCUUAGAUAUUUUACCCUCAAUGAGUGAAACUUCUUUUACCUUUCUCAAUCAACAGAUUGGACUUAUGUGUAUUUUUCAGUAUCAAUGAAUGGAGGCUCCACAACAACAGCUCAAGAGUCAAUCAAUCUUAAUGUGAUUGACAAUGCUAAAACUCUAUAUGUUGGAGCUCCAUCUAUGAGCGGAAGCGGGUAUGGAUUUCAUGGAUACCUGCACAAACUUCAAAUUUAUACUGAUUACCAGUCAAAUGGCGCUGGAAAUGAUUAUUACCUAAGUAGCUGCUCAGGCAGCUGCUCAGCUUGUCCGUCAGAAAUGAUAUGUCCCAGCAUUCACUGUAUUUCUACUCAAUAUGAAUACUUUGAUGGCUGCCAGUCAUGUGAGGCUUGUGAAACCAGCUGUGUCAGAGCAAGCGACUGCAACUUAUGUGUGGACUAUUGCGAUUCGUGCAGUUCUUUUUCUUUGUGCACUUCGUGCCAGGCCUAUUAUUUUCUUGGCCCAUCGUCUAAAAGUUGCCAUUCUGGAGGAUGCCCUUCAGGCUCUUAUGAUAAUGGAAAUUAUCAAUGCAAGAUUGACUGGACAGUGAUUGAAGGAAGGAUACCUUGCUUCAGCUUAAUUCUCAACAAAAUUCAAAGCAAUUUUAAAGACACUACUUAUAACACAAACACCCUAGCUGGAGCCACUACUGAUUUUUAUCCAAAAUAUGAUGAGUAUGACCCUUACCCUUCCAAAGGUCGAGGCUACUACUUUAAUGGCCACUCAUUAAUGCAGGUCACUUCGUUUAUGUUUAACGCUGAAUUCAGCUUUUCAGCUUGAAUUUAUCUGCCUACUUCCACUAGCGGAAUUAUUUUCGCAAAGCAGAUUAACGACAGCACUUUUACAAAAUUAAUGGCUUUUGAAAUAAAUAGCAGCAAUAAGCUCCAGCUAAGUUUAUAUCUAACUAUGAGUAAGACUGGAAAGGUACUGAUAGGAGAAUCAAAGCAGCUUGUGUAUGAUUCUCAAUGAUACAAUCUUGCAGUCUGUGUAUCUUAUGCAGCUCCAUACUCUCAAAUAGCUUUUUCUAUUGCAGGAACAACCAUGAGUGUUGACUAUUAUGAAAUUUCUUUAUUGGGGUUAUUUUUGGAUUAUAAUAGUGGCUAUACUGCUACCAUUGGAGCAUCUCAGUCAACUAAAGGCUAUGGGAAUUUUAUAAAGGCGUUUAUAUACAGCAUAAAAAUAUGGAAUUUCGUAAUGGACCCUUGAAAUUAUGACCAUUUCUUAGCUAGCUGCGGGUACUAUCCUCAAGCCGCUGACAGCUGUUUAUCAACUCAGCCAAUUGAGAAGUAUUAUGACGGAAACUCAUGGCAAACUUGUAAGCCAAAUUGCACCACAAAAGGUUGCGUCAAGUCAGAUACUCAAUGCAACUUAUGCGAGUUUGAGAAUUGCUACCUAUGUGAUGAUUGGACUGGAUGCAGUACCUAUUGUGACUCAAGCUGCGCUUCCUGCAAUGGCACAAGUUAUAAGGAUUGCAUAACAUGCGCCAAUUCUACUCGUGUUUUAGCUUACCCUGGACAAUGCUACUGCACAUCAAGCCAGUAUUUGAUUUCUGAGGUACCUUAUUCUUGUGGAGACUGUUAUAGUGCUUGCAGCACAUGUGUUGGACCUAACUAUAAUGACUGUCUAAGUUGUAGCGGCCAAAGCAUUACACUUGCUGGCUCUCCUGGAUUCUGUUCAUGCAACUCUACUCAAUAUAUCAAAACUAAAAGUCCUUUGGAGUGCGCUGAUUGUGAUUCUAGCUGUCUUACCUGCUCUAGGAGUGGCAAGUAUAAUUGUCUGUCAUGCUCAUCUGGAUUUGUAUUAGAAAAAGAUGGAUCAUGCACUUGUGGAGAAGGGAAAACCUUUUAUAAUGGUUACUGCACAGAUUGUACUGAUGAGAGAUGCAGCAAUUGCACAAGUAGUCCAGAUAUCUGUCUCUCAUGCUUUUCACCAUUUGUUAUUGGUGGACGUGGCUGUGUUUGUCCCGCUGGGACCAAAGAAGAAAAUGAAACUUGUAUUGAUAACAUUCUUUACGUGAAUGAGUCUUAUUCAGAUAAUACUUUCUAUCUAAUCUUUAGUGAAAAUCUGAAUGAAACUUUAAGCACAGCAGACAUUUCUAUUACUGUUCUUGCUGAUAUACAAGUUACAGUCACUUUUGAAGUCAAAACUGUUUCAAAAUACGAUUAUUAUAAAAUCCCUGUGGAAUUUACUCCUACAAAUGUAAAUGGAGCAGUAACUUUACAGCUCUUUAUUAGUAAAAUAGUAUAUGGGGUGUCGAAUUCUAUUAUUGAACAAAGGCUGUUUAACCAUAGCAAUGCCACUAUUACUGGACAGCCAAAAAGUAGUGAGCAAAUUGCAAACGAAGAAAUUGCUGCAGUCUUACCAACCUCUACUCAAAAAUCCUUAACUUCAACGAUUGCGUUUUAUGGCGUUGUUCAGUAUAGCUUAGGGCAUCGUUUGGAUCGCAAAAUUCCUAGCAGACUGGUAGGGCUGUGAUUUUACAAGUCAGUUCCUCCAAUAGCAAGUGAAACCUAUAUGGCGCUUGUCAAUUGGUGGAGUUGACUUGGCAAAAUUGCAGCCCUAGCCAACUUCACAAGCUGGAGACUUUGCAGCCUAGGGCGAUCCAAAAGAGGCCCUGGAUUAUAUCUUUGAACCCAAAAAUCCGCAACUUUAUGAAUAUAUGUGAAUAUGGUUCAGAUUAUUGCCUUUGCUCCUCUAAUGAAUAUUGAUAUUCCUUCUGAUAUAUAUGAUAUGCUAAAGGGCUAUAUUUCUUAUAAGUCUAUCCCAAACCUUGGAGUAUGGAUUUAUGAAAGCCGUCAUAUUGGGCCUGAACCAAUAAAUAAAUUUUAUAAAUACGGGUAUAAAUCAGGGCUUUUUGUUAUUGCUGCAGGACAUAUGGUAUGAAUCGCUCUAAUGUUUUUUGCUCUUUGGGGGAUCUUGCUUUUGCUUUAUUUAUGUAUCCCAGUUGCAAAGGUUAGGAAUGUAUUAAGUACUAAAGUUUUAUCGAAUUUUCAGUAUUCUUGGCUAAUUAAGCUUUGACUGCAAAUUUAUAUAUUAACUAUAGCAGGCGCAGUGAUUGGGAUAAAUAAUCCUGAUGCUAGUCAAUCUGACUAUGUGGCUGACUGCACUUUUUCGUGGCUUGUAUUUCUUUUGUCCUGAGUCAUUAAUGGAUUAAUGACUUGGUUCAUUUGGAAAAAUAAAGUCAUCAUUGAGUCUGGAGAUGAAAAUUUCAUUAAAAAAUAUAGUUCAUUACUGGAAGAUUUUCACUGUAAAAAAGGUUUUUUAAGCAUGUGCUAUUAUCCAUGGUUUCUGCUUAGAAGGAGCUUAUAUGCACUAAUACUAUACAAUCUCGCUGAUUUUCCUGCUUUGCAAUCAGUAUUGAAUAUCAUUUUAACUCUUAUUACAAUCUUUUAUAUGAUCAAAUAUAAGCCUUAUAAAAGUGGCUUAAAUAACCAAGUUGAAAUAGCUGCAGAAUUUGUAGUCCUCAUAGUCUUCAUAUUUUUAACCCCAUUUAUUGAUACAGAUUUAUCAGUGUCUGCUAGAGAAGCUUUUCAAUCCAUUAUUCUGCUAUCAAUGAUCACAUUUAUUUUAUACAGCUAUGCUAUUUUAGUUUGCCAAUAUUAUGUGAAAAUCAAAACAUUAGCUUAGUUAGCUCUAAGAAAAAACUCAUUAUACCUCUUUAAUAUUUCCACUUCCCGUCCAUUUAGAAUCUUUGGCCUAAGGGCUCUAUCAAUAAGCUGCAAAGUUUUUACUCCGAAUAUGAAUUUAAAAUAUAGUCUUUGAGCCUUUUUGAGCACCAGUAACCUGCUAUAAUGACCGCAAUCAGUUUGCGAUUUAGCUGGGAAAUAGAGUCUGAUUGCAGCAAGUAAACUAAUCUACUGAUGAAAAAAAGAUCCAAUGUGCUAUAGCAAUUUAGCCUCCAAAGAUUAGUAUAUCUUUUGAUCUGAACUAUCAAAUUGACCAUUUUAUUGAAAAUCAAGGUAAAGCUGAGCAAAAGAAAAGAGCUUAAAGUAGCUCAGGAAACAGGGAUUGUUGUUCCGACUAAUUUAUCGGACUUAAUCAAUUCUAAUAAUGGAGAGGAAUGCAAUAAAUUAGACACUCUAAACACCACUCCAAGAGAAGAUAGUAUUGGAAAGAAAGCUCCAAUUAGCACACCUGACGUAUCAAUUAUAUAUCAAAAAAGGCUAGCAAGCGAAAGUGCCUUAUUUGAUGAGCCUUCUGUUCAUGAAUAA